ACAAGUGACGCAUGAUAUUCUCUCACGCAUGCCGAUUGAAUUGAUUGAUAUGUUUUUGGCAUCACUCGACCACUUUGUUCUCAACUAUUGACUAAGCAAGCCAAUCUAUUUGGCAUUAAUUUCUAAGUUCAAUUUUUGAGAUGAUGCUGCAUCGAAUCGGUGUAUUGGUACUUGCAAUCUUGUCCCAUCUUGCUAAGGGCUACGAUUUCUCGGAUGUUAUCAAAGGAAUAGACCAGCUGAAAAUGCCCAACAAAUACAUAGUGGUGAACCGAAUAGGUCAAUGCGUUGGAUUCAAGAACGCAACAAUAGCUGCGUCCGAAUUUCGAAUAACGCGCUUCAACAAAUCAUACACGCUGGUAAACGGAGAGCUAACGUUCCAUGACGACUUCCCCGAUGGAUACGACAUUGCGAUCCAGCUGAAUAAUUGUGAUGACUUCAAGUCCCCGGCUAGCUGUCGACGAUUGGAGUGUCCCAUCGGAAAAGGUACCUACGCGAUGGUAAACUAUGCGCCAGAUAAAGGACUGGUUGCGCUACUCCCCGGGUCGAGCAAAAGUUACUGGGAGAUAAAAUUCAUUAGCAAACAAAAUGAUCGACUGAUGUCGUGUAUUAUGAUAGGCAUCACCAUACGACCGCUCAAAACGAAGAAUUAGUGAAUUGAUGAAGACUUUUUAGGUAGCAACUUUUAGCCAACUUUCGUGUUGAAAUCGUACAUGGGUUGAAAUUCCGGAAUAGCAUCGUUAAAAUAACAUCAAUGCGUAGAACACAAUUAUAAAUAAAUUUGUAUGUUCACACAGUGUUGGUUUCAUAUAUUAUCAGAAGUGAACUCUGC